AUGUCAGAAACUUCAGCUUGUCCACUUAAUGAUUUUUUUGAUAUAGAUGAAGAAAAUAAUUUAGAUGAAAUAAAAAAAGAAGAAAAAGACGUUUUUAGUGGAAACUUUUUAUCUUAUAUAUAUAAUCAAUUUGAAUUUUGUUGUAUAAAUUUUUUUGACGAAUUAAAAAAAAAAGAUAAAAGAAAAAAUAUAACAUUAAAAAAAAAUUAUUCAGAUGGUUAUAGUAAAGAUGAAAAUGGUAAAUAUUUUUAUAAUGUCUUCGAUAAAAUUCUUAAAAAAGAUGUAGAUACAAAUAAGGAGGUUUCCCUUCGCUCAAUCUAUUUUAACCCACACGCAGACUGGUGUGAAUGCGCAUACGAAUUUAACAUAGAACUAAACCAACAAGAAGCCGAAUUUUGUAUUUUCAAUUUCUUCUUAAAAAUGUACAGAUAUGAAGAAAGAAAUAAAGACUUACUACUUACCAUACUUUUGGAAUGUUUAUAUUCGAAGAAAGACAUGAAAAAGGCAUUUCAUAUACAAAAAGAAAAUUUAAAAUUUUUAAAAGAAAUAAAAAAUAUAGAGACAAGCAAUUUUAAAGAAUCUUUAAAUGAAUUAAUAAAUAUUAUUGAGAAUACAAAUUUUAUACAAUUUAAUAAGAAUGAAAAAAAAGAUAUGCAAAAAUAUUAUUUCAAAUUAUAUAUCAUGAUAAAAAUUAAAUAUCCAUACGGUAUAUAUAUAUUUAAUUGUGAUGAUGUAUAUGAUAUAGUUGUAAUUGAUUGUAAUACCUUUAUGCAAAAUAAACCAAAAAUAAUGAGUUUUCUUUCUCUUCGAAAAUUUAUUUCAUUUCUUAACAAUAUAUAUUCUAUUAAUAUAAAUGAGGAAAAUAUACAUGAUUCAUUUCCUAUUAUUGUCUAUGAAUCUAAAGAAUGUUAUCAUUUAUCACAUAGUCAUUUACCUCUUAAUUUGUCAGUAUGUAAACCGAAGGAAAAAAAAAAGAAUUCCGUAGGAAAUGAAAAUGAAAAUAUAAAUAAGGACUGA